GAAAAGGCCUCACGUUCUUCGCACGGCAGCCACCGGGGAACCGGUCCGGCCUUCCCCUCCACCGGAGGUUGAGGAGGAGGAAGAAGAUCCCAUCGCCGACAUCGCCCGCCCGCGGCGAACGAGUCGGACCAUUGCGACGCGCGUGACGGGCGCUUUUGCGCAUGUGUCGAGGCCUUGUACCUCUGUCAUGCCAGCAUCGCGAUCCAGGACAGCCACACCAUAUCCCUCUCCUUGUGCUCGCGAAGGGGGAUGUGGGAUUUGUCCGCUCUCCGCUCGUCGGAGGAGGAAGACGAGAUGAGGACACCUUGGCACAACGGAUGGCCAAGAGAGCGAACCUGUGCCCAUCGUGGGGGGUACGACGACCUCCGCGCCGGAGCGGGAGGUCAUAGACCUCAACCCUUCGGUCAGUCCGAGCGCGAGGCUACGCCUCCGCACCCGACGACGAAUGUGGACGCGGAUGCUGACGACGCCACCUCCAUUUCGCUGCACGCGGGGUCGGAGCACUCGGAGGCAGCCCACGAACGCUCGACUCUAGAGGGGAGCUCCCCGGCAAGGGCCUCUAUCGAUGAGCCUGUCCGCAUCGAGGACACGCCGAAAGGUGAUGCUUCCGGUACUCACGCGACGCCAACAGAUGUUGGCGGAGGAGAGGGCGCCCCUCCUCAACAAAAGCCCAUGGAUCUGGCUCCGCCUGAUGGCGCAGACGUAGAUGCUAACGUGGAGUAAAGCACCAAGGAGGCCGUCGCAGAAGCAAGCCGAAUUGAGCGGAGGAAGAAGCUGCCCAUAAAGCUGCCAAACAGGCCGACAAGAGGCCUAUCGAGGAGCUGUCCGUGGAGGUGGUAACAGACUGCGAGAGCACUUCAGUUCCAGGAGCGCCAGGAGCCGGCAUGCUCGUUUCGACGGGGGCGACUAACGGGGCUGCCGUCGGCCUGUCUUCAUCAGAAGAGCCACCUCCGUGCUGGUACCUCAGGGUUGGCGAAUUGCAGUUUGUCAGUUUCCUCGGCAGCGCAAUUCUCGAGGCUUUCUCCAAAGGGAUGCCGUGAAUGGCGUUGUUGCCACUGCCGGAGGGGGAGUGUUAGCCGACCCCUUGGAUAGGAAAGACGAGGCUAAGGAGCAUGCCAUCUUGUCUUCCAUGAGUAAGGGCUCCAAGCAGUUGUGGGCGCAUUACGUCGACCUCUGGGAGAGGUUGGAUUGCUGGGAGGCCCUCCUUGCCGCGGCGGAAAGCAGUUUCUAGGAAUGCCUCGCCGAUUCGCGGGCCUGGUUUGCCGGAAGGCGCAAGGAGUUUACCGAGCAGCAGGAAGACCUCCUCAAGGCCGAAGUCGCAUUCAUCAGCCAGAAGGCCGAGGAGGUGAAGACCUGGCGGGAGGCUGAUGAAUCCAUCGCCAAGACUGAAGGCGAGCAGACUGCGCGCAAAAUCCAGCUUGAUGCCCAUGAAGAAGAGCUCACCUCCCGACAGGCGACCCUCAAGGUUGGUCCCGAGAACCAUAUCCGAGAACUAGAGCUGAAGAACAAGGAUGCCCUUGAGAAGCAAGCGGUGGAGCACAUCGACAAGCUCAGAAAGGCCGUUGUGGCUACCGAGGCUGCCAGAUCCAACAAGGACGCGCUCAAGGGCAAGGUGCAACAACUGGAGUCAGACCUCGUCUCAUCCCGCCAAGAGGUCUUGAAGCUGAAAGACGGCAUCCAGAAGGCGGUCGUCACCUUGGCGGAUCUGUAGGUCGGGCUCUCUGACAAGACCAAGGCGUUGAGUGUUGGUACGGACGCCAAUGCCGAUCUGCGUGUGAAGGGGAGCACCUACGAGGACAACCUCGAGGUGGCAAAAACCAAGGAGCAUGAGCUAGUCGAGGAACUUUAGAAGGAGAAAGCACUGCUCUCCUCCGUCGCCCACGCCUCCAAUGAGCUGUAGAAGAACACCAGGUUCCAGAUGGAGCAGCUUGUCGACACCGUCGGCAAGCUUUCCGCCUAGCUCACGGAGAUGGGCUUGGAGGAGUGUGCCUUUUCCAACAACCUCAGGGAGACGACAAGCGUCAGGCUAUCCAUAUUCUUUGGGAAGCUCGUUGACUCGUUGGCGAGGUACGAGGUCGGACGGGCCGAUAAAUUCCUUCAUGGUUGCGGUGAGAUAUGCCGCAGGGUCCUUCACAAGGUCUUGGUGAAGGUUCCCUAUCAUAAUCCAAAGGUGGAUCCGAGCAAGGCAUUCUUCAAGCUGCCAAAGGGCCUCGACACCAGCUCACUCGACGCCCUCGUCGCCCUAUCUUGGACAGGGCUAGCUCCGUCACCCUCAAAGGGUGAACUCCUUGAUGUUGCCGGGGUGCAUGUAUCGAAAAUAUUUGUUUUUAAUUAGUACCGCUAAUUGUUUUGGGAUGUAUUAUAUUUUUUCGUCGAAAUGAACGACUAGGUUCCCCUGCUUGAUUCACAUUUGUAUGUUUCUAA